AUGAACACAAGCUUUUGUUUUAUUUUGUUGUUGUUUUUUUGCGAAAUUGUACUUUUUAUUACUCAGGGCAUUUUCCUGUGCUGUGCUGUUCUUCAGAGAAGCAUAGACAUGGAUUUCAGGACAGGUGCUAACAAGACAAAUGAACGGGUCCAUCUUGAACCUUCCCAGCUGAGAGAGAAACAUAUCUCUAGCUUUCAGGGAGAAUGUGAAGAGAAGGAAAAGGAUACUAACGCUGAGAUCCUGGUGGCUAAUUUUUCAAAUAUCUAUGCAUCGGACUUGUUGCCUACUAGGAAUGGUGAGGAAUUCACAGACCAGUUCCUGCUUGAAGUGGUAGAAAUUCUCCUGAAUUAUAUUAAAAAAACCUAUGACGGGAAGAGCAAAGUUCUGGACUUUCAUUACCCCCAUCAGCUUCUGGAAGGCUUGGAAGGGUUCAGUUUGGAGCUGCGUGAUCAGCCAGAGCCUUUGGAACAGAUACUUGUUGACUGUAGGGAUACCUUAAAAUAUGGAGUUAAAACAGGACAUCCUCGCUACUUCAACCAACUCUCCAGUGGCCUUGACAUUGUUGGACUAGCUGGUGAAUGGCUGUCAGCUACUGCAAAUACAAACAUGUUUACAUAUGAAAUAGCUCCAGUGUUCGUUGUCAUGGAGGAGAUCCUUCUCAAAAAAAUGCAUGAAAUGGUUGGAUGGGGAGAAAUGGAAGCAGAUGGUAUAUUUUCUCCUGGUGGGACCAUCUCAAACCUCUACAGUGUUCUAGUGGCUCGUUAUAAGCGGUUUCCUGAGAUUAAAACCAAAGGCAUGGCAGCACUUCCACACAUUUCACUGUUUGUUUCUGAACAUAGCCAUUAUUCAAUAAAGAAGGCUGCAGCGGUCCUUGGAAUUGGGACAGAUAAUGUAAUUGCAGUAAAGUGUGAUGAAAGGGGGAAGAUGAUUCCAUCAGAUUUGGAGGCAAAAAUACUCAAAGUCAAGAGACAGGACCAUAUCCCACUGUAUGUCAGUGCCACAGCUGGUACAACAGUGUAUGGAGCCUUUGAUCCUCUUGACAACAUUGCUGACAUCUGCGAGAAGUAUGGACUCUGGAUGCAUGUGGAUGCAGCAUGGGGAGGUGGGCUGCUGAUGUCUAGGAAACAUUCCUUUAAACUUAAUGGUAUUGAAAGGGCCAAUUCUGUCACCUGGAAUCCACACAAAUUGAUGGGCGUUCCACUUCAGUGUUCUGCCUUCCUGGUCUGUGAAAAGGGUCUUCUGCAAGCCUGUAAUCAGAUGUGUGCUGGGUAUCUGUUCCAACCAGACAAACAGUAUGAUACAACUUAUGACACAGGGGACAAGACCAUUCAGUGUGGCCGGCAUGUUGAUGUCUUCAAACUUUGGCUAAUGUGGAAAGCUAAGGGCACUCGAGGCUUUGAGAUUCUUAUCAACAAAUCCCUUGAACUUGCUGAGUAUCUUUACAGGGAACUGAAUUCAAGAGAGAACUUUGAGCUUGUAUUUGAUGCCGAACCUGAACUCACCAAUGUGUGUUUCUGGUACAUUCCACCAAAUCUUAGAAGAAUACCAAAUGGGCCAGAACGAGAGAAAUUGCUUCAUCAGGUUGCUCCAAAAAUAAAAACACGGAUGAUAGAAGAAGGAACGACGAUGGUUAGCUACCAGCCACAUGGGGACAAAGUGAAUUUUUUCAGAAUGGUCUUUUCCAACCCAGCUACUAGGAAAUCAGACGUUGACUUCCUCCUUGAAGAAAUUGAAAGGCUUGGCAAGGAUUUGUGAUGACUGAUGCUGCACUUUGAAAUGGGCUCAGUUUUGUUCUGGUAUAGUGGGCACCAUUAAAAAAUGUUACAUUUGCUACUCCAUGUUAGUUUAAUUUAUGAUGGCACCUCCUGUUCUAAGGAUAGGAAGAUACUGCAGUUACUGGAGGUACCUAGAGUAAUGAAAUCUCAACUUUUUUUAAUGGAACUCCCUUUAGACAUGUGAUCUCAUCAUUUCACAGGGCUUGAGAGUCAUUGUAUACAUCAGGGGUCGGCAACGUUUGGCACGCAGCUCACCAGGGUAAGCACCCUGGCGGGCCGGGCCAGUUUAUUUACCUGCUGACGCGGCAGAUUCAGCCAAUCGCGGCCCCCACACACCGCGGUUCACCGCCCAGGCCAGUGGGGGCGGCGGGAAGCGGCGCGGGCGAGCGAUGUGCUGGCCGCGGCUUCUCGCAGCCCCCAUUGGCCCGGGACGGCAAACUGCGGCCAGUGGGGGCCGCGAUCAGCCGAACCUGCCGUGUCAGCAGAUAAAUAAACAGCAGGUGAUUACCCUGGCGAGCCGCGUGCCAAACGUUGCCGAGCCCUGGUAUACAUCCUUCUUAACUGUAUCUUUUUCCUCCCUGCCCCCCAGUUUGUUUUCUAGCAGAGUGGUGUUGGGGCUUCAUAUGCCUUCUGGGCUGCAGCACAAUGGACUGAGAUUAAGGUUUACCUUUGUUUUCAUAGGCUCCUUUGAUGGGUGUUAGGCCCUAUAAAUAUAGCACUCUUUUUGUCAUUAGUUAAAGAGAGCAGAAUACAGAGGCAGGAGCUCCAGAAGGGCCUUUGGCUCAAAGCUUUCUUCAUCACAGUGUGUGUGAAACUUUGUAGCUACUCAUGGCAGGCAAAUUAUCCUAGAAUACAGCUUUUUUUUGUUUUCUGUCAAGCCACAUUAGUACUUAGUAGGAAGUGUUGUUUGGAUGCUUGCACCUUUUAUUGGUUUUUAUCACUUGCUUUGGUUUUGAUGACUUCAGUAAACACAUCUGUGCAGGCUUCCCUUCACUCUCCCCUUUUUACAUUUCAUUUUCCAUCUCAAGUUUAGUGCAACAGUGUAACUCAUCCUAUGUGUCCAUGCAGUGGAGUAAAAGAAUAUGAAGGGCAUUACUCUCCGGUACUGGUUACUGUUAUAGUGUAGACUCUUCUGCGGAGCCCCUACUCUCCCUCUGGUGCAAAUGGGUAGAGCCUUGGCCUGGACUCCCCCUUCCAACCCCUUGUUCCCCACUGUGCCAGCACAGCUGAGCUGAUGUAAAGAGGGAAGUAUAGGACUGGCACAGAUUACUCCCUGCUCACUGUCUAGAACAAGUGGCAACUAGGGACCAGAUAACUACACUCUGCUAAUAACGCAGGGCUUGUGGCAAAGUCACAGUCUAGCCCUUAGUGAUUAUGAUCUAUUCAGCCAUACUUCCUUCUGACUCUGCCACAAGUGAAUAUAAAGGAAUGCUACAGAUUUAUUUAUUUCUUCCACUGUGUGUAUUCCUGAGAACCUUUGGGUGCAUGGAUCAACAUGUGGAUCACUUAGAAAUAACUGAACAAGGCUCUGGAGAAUAUACUGUAGAGAACUAUCCUGCACUGGGUGGAAUAAAUGGCCUAACAGGGUUUUUUUAUUCCUAUCUACUUUUUAUUCUCAUUUUACAUUACAGAUAACACUAAAGUUAACACAGUGCACGUUGUAUUGGUAAUAAGGUCAGUUAUUUAGACAACUUUUCUAAAGGUUUUGUUAUGAAGGAUAUAUUUUUUAAAUUUUCUAUUUUAAGGUCUGUGGCAUUUGUUUCAUAUUUAUUUACCUUUGUGCUGUAUUGUUUUGGGUUUUUUUAGCCCUAGGGCAGGGGUCGGCAACCUUUCAGAAGUGGUGUGCUGAGUCUUCAUUUAUUCACUCUGAUUUAAGGUUUCGCGUGCCAGUAAUACAUUUUAACGUUUUUAGAAGGUCUCUCUGUCUAAGUCUAUAAUAUGUAACUAAACUAUUGUUGUAUGUAAAGUAAAUAAGGUUUUUAAAAUGUUUAAAAAGCUUCAUUUAAAAUUAAAUUAAAAUGCAGAGCCCCCCAGACCGGUGGCCAGGACCCGGGCAGUGAGAGUGCCACUGAAAAUCAGCUCGUGUGCCGCCUUUGGCACGCGUGCCAUAGGUUGCCUACCCCUGCCCAGUGGUAUUAGGCAUUUCAAGUAUGCACAUGAAUAGGGAAUCCACUAAACAAUGAAACAUGAUCUGAAAUCAGAUUUGUAGCUGAAAUGUGUAUAUAACUUUGAGAAUUGCUCCCUUUGGUAAGUAGAGAAAAAGGUGGGUUAAAACACUGGACUGUGCAUGUGUGCAAGAAAGGGAGAUCUACUGUACACUGUACAUUGCAACGAAGCUACAGCAAAACUGCAACUGUCUAGACUAACACUGAAUAAAGCCCUAAUUCACUGCA